GGGCUAAUUCCGAAUCCUUCUCGUUCGGCGACUCUGGGCAUCCAGCCUCACUUUUGCACAGCCUCGGAUACCCCGGGCUCUAAGCACGAGGCCGGUGCCUGGCCUUGGCGAUCCUCGUAUUUUCCAGCCUUGCACCCCAGCAACAAACCUACUCCGCAGGCUGUAUGGGGGGGGCGGCCUCAGACUCUCAAUCUUGAUAUGAUGUCUUGAGAUUGUGGAGGAGCCGAGUUUUAAUCUUACAAUCCUCAAUUUGGCACCCACUGGCAUCCAAAAAACCCCCAUUCAUGCAACAGCCACCAUGUCUUGCCUGAGUGGGAUUCGCCUCAGGCACCAUUUCGAGCGAUCUUCGCUGCCGAACAUCACUCAUGCUCCCCGAGCCCCGUGGAAAUUAGUAGGGCCUGCUAGCGCACAUUUGCAGUCUGAGCUUGAGACUCUGUACUGGUAUGGCGUUAGGCUCGAGCUCGAAAAUACCAUACGCACUUUGAAAACCUGGCAGCAAUCAGAGUAUACAGAUGUGGCAGUCGAUGAUGAGCAUGAUAACAAUUUACACGGCUUUGACACAUUUAUCGAUCAGGUUACUCAGGAGACACGGGCGUUUGCGAUACGAUAUGGGGAAGAGAAAACUGCGAUGACAGCCGACCAGGACAAGAUCUUGUCCUCUGUUAUGAACGGCACUGAAAUCAAGGAGGCUCUACGCAAAACAAAACUCGCGCAGGUAGAAUAUCAGAGCACUAACGUUGAUGUUAAGGAUGAAGUGCGAAGGAACAUGGAAGACAUUGUAUCAUCUUCCGGUAUCCAGGAGCGGGCACGUAUCCUCCUCCAAGCUGCGGGGCUCCUCGAUAUCGACAAACUGAUUGAGCACCGUCCACCUCUAGAAGACCUUGGCUUCUGGGCUCGGCCUGCCAUUCCGCAACUCACUCUGUCUGGUUUUGAUAGUGACUGGAAUGCCCGACUUGAGCCUCUUAAAUGCUCGGACUGCUCCAGUAUCAUUCGAGGUAGCAUGUUUACCCAUAGCGGCAAAUCGAACCAUGCAAAACAACUCAGCGUCUGCGAGGACUGUUAUCGAAAACUCUAUCUUGGCAGAGAACAAUAUGUCAAAGCAUACAAGCACUGCGUUCUCGCCGAGGCCAUUACUCCUGCAUUAAGUCGGAAUAUAUGUCAUUGUGCAGACGUCUCUCGCCUUGACAGCACCGGACUUCCGGGUGCCCUCUUUCCAAUUUCUAAGGGAGAACGGCAUGUUGCAAUUCCACUCGCGAAGAGAUGCAAAUUACUCGAGCUCAAUAAUCGAGUCGCGCUCGCAAAAUAUCACGGUCUACAGUCUACAGUCCGUGAUCAUAGGAAGAAAGACAAGAAAAUGACCAGAUUCCGAGUCAAAUCAAAUGGUACAGCUGCACAGGGGAUAAUUGAGCCAGCCAGGAAAGUAACUUUGAAAGGAGAAUCCGAUUCGAAGCAGCCGCCCUUGCGACCAGAAACAGAAAAGGAAGUCCCUUUCGCUCGUGACCAGGAUACAAACACUGCUUCAGUGAAGGAAGCCAUGGCAGACGAAGAUAUACCGUUAUUCUUUCGCCAAUUUGCCCAACAAUACCCUUUUGGCAAUGUUCACAUGGCCUUACGAGUUGGGCCCCUGGUCAUUGAAAAUGGGGUCGCAAACACCAAGCAAGGCGCCUUGGUUACUAUAAGAGAACUACCUACCUUCCACGAUAGACCUGAUUCCUGCAGUCCAUGCUCUCGUCAUCCUAGUUUAGCAAUUGGCGGCGACACCAAGAGACGCCUUUGGCAGCAGCAGCGCCUCGUUGGAACUCCCAAACGAUACAAAGCUAUCAUGAAGCAGGUUGUCGGGGUACCCUUCACCGGCGCCAUUUCUGGAUCUUCCUAUGCUGAGCAGGAAUCUGGGAUUUCAUGGCUUAUUGUGGCGGCUAGUCGUGGUUAUUUCGACCAUCCAGGACUUCCCGUCAAGGAACAGCGCAAGAGUCUAGACGCUGCGCUGGAUCAAAUAAUGGCCAAACUCAAAGCCCUUCUUGAGACAAGGGUCAAUAUCUAUUUGCAGGGGAUUGCAAAGAAGUUACUCGAUCCAAGUACAACACUUACCUGGAGUGCUAUCGGUAAUAAUUGUCAAUCAUUUUGCGACUCACUCAUUGACACGGAUUCAUUUGAACCUUUGAUUGAGAGGACUUCGGCGGGUCAAGCUUCGGGGGCCGUAUCACCGUUAUAUCUCAUGAGCUUUGUUUGUCCACAGGACGGCUAUCUACGUAGCCAAGUCCGCACGAAAUACGAUGUUCCCAGAGGACUGACCGAGGAGUACCUUCUUCGCUUCCACUUCGGUCGACAUGAUGAGUCUGAUGUUCUAGACACUCUCCAGGAGUACUGGUACGACUGGGGCGCGUUUGGUGGUACAUUAUACAAGUACCAGGAUCUUUUUCCCUGGGAUUGCACUGAAGCAUAUCAGCAGCACCCCAAAUUCUGCGGCUCUUGUAAUCUCGCUAAGCAUAUCUGGGCAUUUCCAUUCGACGCUUGGUCUCUAAUCGCAUUACAUCUCCAGCGGGGUCCACAAAUGUACGCCACAGCGAAGCCAAGCAAUCGAGGAAUGGAAGAUGUUUCCUGGAUGCGUGAUCGACUUACCGUUCUCACAGCCUUGUCUCUCCUGAACCGAGGAGCGACGGCCAUGGCUCGAAGUGAAAAAUUCGUGCAAGCGACCCAAUGGCUCCAUUCUGCGGAUAAGGGUCCUCGACAGGCACACCCGUCACUGACAAGGGUGAAACUGGGAGGGAUUCACCGCGCCCAGCCCUAUAGCCACUAUUACGAAGCGGGGACCUACAGUCAUUACUUUCUCGCUAAGUGGGCUUCACGACCACGGCCUGAGCAAAUUCAGGAAUACGAAGUUUUGCGCAACGAGCGUGCCAGGAGGCCCGAUGUUGGCGGGAGAUUCUCCUUACCUAGGACGGAGAACGCAAGAGAGGGACCGACAAAUCUGGAUUUUCUGGGAUUUGAAGGGCUUCUAUAUGACCUCGAUCGACUGCAUACCAACGAUUCUGUCGAUGAGAGCUGUGACGAGGUGGCAUCUACUGAUGCAGAUUAUCACUCUGCUCACUCUGCUCACUCUUCCCCUGGCAAUGCAGAUGGCGACUUUCAAUCUCAACCCAGCUCUGGAUCGAUGGCCGGCCCGGAAUCAUUAUAUUCGUCGCAUGGUGUUCCUUCGAUUGAUGACUCCCAGCAAACCAAAGCCAAUGAGGGAGCUCCAGUGCAGGAACACCGAGACACAACGUAUCGGGACACCGUGCAUCCAAACAGAACCGAUUACGGAGCCGGCGAUGAACGAGAUGUUCAAUCCACUACCCGAGACGCAGGUUCAGCAGACAAAGAGGAUACCGAAUGUCGCGAAGACUCGUCCAAGCAAAAUCAGUCUGGGGUCAAUGACGGUAGCCCCCGAGCCUCCUAUCAGUACGACUCCACUUUCGCGACGUGGAAAGGUCACUCGAAGUAUCAACAUCCCGGUCAUGUUGACCACACCCGGAAGACUGAUUCUGGCGCAGCAAAAUCUACUAGAGAUGGAGAGGCCCAUACUGGUUCAGGGCACGGGUAUUCCAGUACAAUUUCCUCUGGGUACGGCAGUCGCAAUCACGACGGUUGGUCCAGUGGCUAUACUGGGGGUUGGAACCCGUAUCUCAGCAGCCGCUCUCAUAGUAGUGGCAGUAGCUACCACGGUAGCAACUCGAGUAGUUCCUAUGGAGGGGGUAGCUCUAGCUCGUAUAGCAGCAGUUCGGCCGGAGGAAGCAGCUCAUGCGGCGGUGACUCAAGCAGUUCGUCUGGUGGCGGUGGCUCGAGCGAUUCAUAUUGGAGCAGCUCAUACGAUAGUGGCAGUUCGUACAGCUCCAGUUGGAACUGAUGAAUUUGUUGUGUUGUUGUGGUUGUUUAGGAGGGACCGGGUUCAUACAAUACAUACAUACGGAGUAGUUGCCGCAGUCGCCGUUCUACGGUAGUCGCCGAGUCGCCGACUGUAGCCGUUCCAUCCUGCUUUUACUCGGC